AUGGCRAACUUCAGAAAUCCAAAAGCUAAAGACGAAGAAGAAGCCUGGCUGCGAGAAACUAUACCAUCAAACACUAGAAACACAACAAAAUGGAGUGUUAAGAUAUUUAACCAAUGGCAGCAUUCCCGAGCAAACAAAUGUGCAAAAAAUGAGGGUUUUGGCUUCAAGUGUAACAUUGACGAUGUACAAGAUCUAAAUGUCGACCUAACAGAAAUGACGCCAAGCACAUUGAAUUUCUGGCUUACUAAGUUUAUUGGUGAGGUUGCAAAUAAGAGUGGCGGAAGAUAUCCGCCGAAAUCUCUCUAUGUAAUUGUCUCGGGCAUUAACAGACAUCUUCAAAACGUAAAUGCCGAGAAUUCAGUCAACUUCCUUAACAAGAAUGAUCGAAGAUUUUGUACAUUUCAUAAAGCACUCGACGCCGAAAUGAGAGAGGCCACCAAACUCGGUGUUACUCAAGCAACCCAGAAAGAACCUCGAGAAAACAUCACAGAGGAGGAAGAGGCAUUGUUUUGGAAACUAAAGUUGUUAG